AAAACCUAAAAUGGCUGCUGGUGGCAUGGCGGUAAAUUCGGAGGCCCGCCUCUGGGGGCCAUUUAAGGAAUUGGAACAAACCGUUCAAGCUGCCAUACACCGGAAACUCCCAGACGCCAUCCAUGACUUGGAAAUAGCACUAAAGAAACACAAACCAGACUUCAUAGCCCUACUAAAGAACCCACCCCAGAAUGCGAUGUACAGGUCUGCCGUGCAGAAAGCCACGAAGGAGGGUCUCCCGGUGAUGGGGGACCAGAGUAAGCAAACCUUCUCGUCACAGUUCAUCGAGGAGGCCCUGAUACUAAGCGACCUGUUCCAGAUGAGUGAAAUUGCGGCAGUGGAACUCUUGAUGGCGGGUGAAAGACAACAGCCAGAAUUUCCCGGACUGACCCGAGGCCUUGUGGCUGUACUUUUAUACUAUGACGGACAGAAAAGUCUUGUGAACUCCCUUAGAACCCUUCUCCAGUCAAGGGAGGGAAGAAUGUGGACUAUGGAGCUGACCCCUGACCUUUCCAGUAUGGUGAACCAGUACACAGAUCAGCUGAUACAGAAAGAUCGUCUGAUCAACACCAUCCUCGAUCAGUUGAACAACAUGGACUUUACAAAGGAAAUGGACAGACUGCAGAAAGACAGAGCUAUUGGUCCACCUAAACACAAAAAACAGGUGUCUGACCUAUACAAAGAGAUUCAGAUUAUCCUGGCCGACUGCCUGUUCUGUCUGGCCACCCAGCAGCCCCUGGGUAAAGCUGACACCCUGAGGCUGAUUCAGCACCUAAGGGCAGACAACUCUAUGAGUGCUGACGGGAGUCUGGAGCCGGUGUCGCUGUGUCUGCUGAUGACGCUGCUCUAUUGUUUUGAUGUCACCCUGUUGGACCAAGAGGAUAGCAGAGAGAUGUUACAACGACUACCCAUGAUGACAGAUCCCAAUUAUAUCCCGGACAUUCAUCAGGAACUGAGGUCAGGGCAGCCCUGGAGUAACUCCGGACUCAAGAGUGUGGUCCUGCUGGCCUGGGGGGUGACCCUGAGACAGCUCAACCAGUACCAGACUCCAACAGGAGUGAAUGGGAUUUGUGAGGAGGACGAGUUAGUCAUUGAUGAAGCCCUGGAUGGUAAUGUGUUCCACUUCCUGAAGACGGCAGUGGUAGCUGUCCCAGAAUUCCAUAAGGAGGAAUAUUAUCUGAGAAAAAUGCAUGGAUUAGUGACAGAUUUUAUAUUUCACAUGCCACUCAGGGUGAAGGAGCUGCGGACCCGCGGUGAUGAAGCGGCCCGGAUCGCGGCGGCAGUACAGAACAACCAGGAACCGCCCACUUCAGCCAGUCAUGGAUUCCAGUACCUUAUGAAACUGAUAGGAGAUUUGUACAGGACGGACCCCCUGGGACUACAGCUGUCAGUGGAGUACUGGUGUCCCCAGGACAACUACGGGCCCCACGAGACGACCUACAAUGUCCGACCGCCUCAAAGACAGGUGUCGCUGUACAAGUUCAUUCGUCUGGCCGGGGAUCUCCUCCCCCCGCCCCUCUAUGUUCCCUACAUCGACAUGCUGAUUGGACUGAGCAGUAACCCACAAUCUGCCCACUACUGCUUUGACCUUCUGAAGGUCAACGGAAUGGGGUCAGGAGGUCCCGCUAGUGCCGUGUCCUGGUACCACAUCUUUGUGUCCCUGAACCAGUACUACACCAGCCUGAGGCGCGAGGUCCCCAGCAGUCAGGACAUGCACAUAUCGGUAGGUCCUCAGGGACCUCACCACCGAGGGAUCACUCCCCAGGAGCUGGAGGGGCUGGUCUGUGUCCUCAAAUUGUGUCGAGUGGUCUCGGAAUAUAAUGAGAACUGCCGUGUGGCGUUCUGUGAGAACCAGCAGUGGCAGGUGGUGGUGGUGCUGUUUGGGCUGGUGACCUGUAGUAUACCACUCUACCUCAAGGCGGAGAUCUUCAGGCUGCUCGCUGCGUUUGGCAAGACGCCAGACAUAGCGGUCAGUCUGUGGCACACCCUGGAGUCCUCACAGAUUCUAUCCACUGUUGGUGGCAGUUCAUCAGCUCAAGGGGGAAUACAGGUGGAGCUGGAGGAGGUGGAAGCCCGGGGGGAGGAGUUCCCUAUGACCAGGGCCUUCCUGUCCCUGAUGGAUUCCCUGACAGACAUUCCUGUUCCCCCAGGACUAGGGGCGGGGCUCAGGGCCCCUGGGUUCCAGCCGUAUCUAGAGUUUGUGAAGGGGUGUGUGUUUGAGAAGUUUUAUGCCAGAAGUUACAAAAACCCAUCAGAAAAGUGGCAGGUUGCGGCUGACAGUCUGCGUGUCCUGUGUAAGCUGUUACGUGAGUACGAGGUGGUGGGGGAGGACUUUGUCGAGGACUACGUGGAGGUACAGAUGGGGGGCGUGGUCCCCGUCCACAAAUCCCCGGGUUACAUCAUCAUGCUCCACAUGCUGAAGGACUCCCACUUCCUGUCCACGGUUUUACGGAUACUAGAUGACUGCAUUCAGCAACUGGAAACUUACAAAUCCAUUCCAGGACAAGAAUCCCUGGAACUGGCCGGUCUGCUCUGCCUUCAACUGAUCGAGACGAGUCUGGAGAAGUCCGGAACAUUUAUGGACGCUUGUCGGGAGACUGGGGCCUCAGCCAUGGUGUCCGCCAUGGAUCGCCUGCUGCUGAGCAUUAACCCACGCAGCGGGAAAGCAGACCACCUUGUUAACAUCACAAAGUUUGUCCAGUUUGGCCAGCCUCUUCCUGAGCACGCUCAGUCAGCCAUGAAGAUCCUGUACCGAGUGUGUCACUCUGCUCCCGUACAGGUCGCCCUCGUCAACCUGUUCACAGCCAAUCAGACAGCCCACCUGGAGCUGCUGCAUGGCUUUGUAGAUUGUCUGGAGGUGGAGGAGCCAGAACAGGUCGUGGAGAGGACCAUACUUCUCCCUGAGGACCAAGAUGAUUCGACGGAGAUAGGUUUCAUCAGGAAUUCCACCAGACAAUUCUUGCUCCAGGCCUUACUGAAAUCUCUUGACCAGCCGGCACCAAACUUGGCCCACCUACUGCUGGGGUUUGACAUCAGGAAGUCGGUCAGCAAAACUCUACUGCAGGACCCAGGAAUCCUUGGUUCCCCAAAGACCUGUCUACAUGCGGUGCUAUCCCUUCUGGAGCGGGGGGUGGGGACACACUCUGGGCCGUCCUGUCUGAGGGACACACCCCGCCUGGCCGAGCUCGCCUACAAGUUGAUCUAUCUACUGGCCGCCAACAAAGAGACGUCCACCCCCACGCUGAGAUACUUACGCACCACGCGUGACUUCCUGUACCGACAACUCCAACACCUGCCUUUUACUCAACAGUUUUACAAGCGGCCCGUGAUGAUCGCUCAGUCCUGGCUUAUGAAGCUCAUUGCCAUUGAACUGCGACUGACGGCACUUAACCGUCAAAGGUCACACACCCAGCGACUAAUGAGAGCACUGCUAGACGACGGGUCAGAAGGUCACUCAGUGUUCCAGCCAAUGGGAGGAGAGGAUACAGACCUGACCUAUGACAGAUUCACCGACCAGAGUGCACAGAUGUCCUACCUGUCCCAGACCUCCCGGCCAUUCAGAAGUCGCCAGGUCCGUAGGAAGUUGCUCGGACUACUUGAUGAGGUAGACUUCUCUCAGCGCUAUCCUCCCACAAUGCACCUGGAGUUUUUCGAACUGUCGAUGAUAGAACAAGCCAUUCAGAGCGUGGAGACAAAGACUGAACAAGACGUGCUGUAUUGUGACGUCAGACGACUGCACAGGGUUCUAAUGAAUGAACUCAACAAUGUCCAGGGUAACAUCAUGGUCACCCAGCGACCUCGAGUGUUAGAGGAGGUGGAGAAUAUUCUACAACAUGUCGUACGACGGAACAGAAUCCGGCAGGAGCUGUACACCAAACAGCAGGCGCUGGAGGCGUGGCGUCAGGUGACGGAGGUGUUACUGACCGCCUGCCCCGAGGAUCUCCUCACCCCUGAGGACAGACAGACCGUGCUGUUCGAGCUCCUUCAGGAACUCCAGCAAAAGGUUACUGAGGACGAUGCUCUGACAGAGUUAACUGCCCCUGUGGCGGGGAUUAUCCUGACCUUGAUGACAAACCUGCGUCAGUGUUUCUGUCAGGAACCUGUCACUGAGGAUGACCCCUCCACCUUUCUCUCUAUGCUGGAUGCCACCCCAGGUCUGGGUCAAACUACUGCCUGGGGUCAGGGGUCAGGGUCAAGGACACAGUUUGCCUCCUCACUGCAACUGGUGCUCAGAGGGGUCAUAGACCACAUCCUGUUGUCUAGUGGAGGUCAGCAGAGAGUGAGGGCCAAUCUGUACGGGGCCCUGCUGUACUACCUCCAGAUCGCCCAGAAACCCAAGUCUCUGACUCACACCGACACAGGAGUGCUUGGGGAUGGUGUUGGGAAGAGGGUUCUGGCCGACGCCCACUCAGAGUAUGAACAACUCCGCCGUGAGAAUGUGACAACCAUCCUGUCAUACGGCGACAACUUUAUGGACAUGGUGUGUCGUGACGCUUGUGACGGACAUGAUGUCGGCAGGAUGCUAGCUCUGUCAGUGUUGGACACCAUUCUGUCCAUGGACAAGUUCCAGCAGUGGAUGACCUUCAUGUCGUCUAAAGGUUACCUCCAGCACCUGGUGGACAGCCUUCUCCAUGACGACCAGCAGUUACAGACGCUGCUGUCCGCCACCCCCCAGCUCAGGGUCCUCUACAUCUACCUGUCCAAGCUGAGUCUGUUGACAAGGGUCGCUGAGUCAGCAGUGGGGGCACACACCUUACUCCAAUGUGGAGUCAUGCAGCGAUUGGCUGGAUGUGUCUUCUUUGACCUUCGACCCGACCUAGACAGGGUGUCGGAGGAGGAGUGUGAUGAGGAUUUCCUGCCCAGUCCUAUGUCCCGCUACAGACAGCUGCUGUUUGCCUCCCUCAAGUUCUGUCUGGCGAUCCUGACCUCCCUGGGAAUCGAGAACCAGGACUGUGGAAACCAGGUUCUGCAGUUUAUCUUAUCGCAUGGAGAAGUCUUUCAUGGGAUUCUGCGAGAUCGUCAGCUCAACCUGAGCUUGCCUGCCUUGCGAGAACUUGCCCUUACUACAGCAGUACUGGCUCGAGCCAACGCCAGGGGUAUCCCUGAUGCAGAGUUUGAUGACCUUGACCCUGCCGGUAUUGAGUUGAAAGGUCAAAAGGUCAGGAUUGAGAGACAGAUGCUGGCAUUGAUGCCCAAGUACUGCAUGUGUGAGCGUAUCAACAAACAACUCAAGGUGCUGGAGUCGGACGAGUCCUCUCGCAAGAAGGACUUGAGCUCUGAACUCGCUGUUGUAUUUCUGGAAGUGUCUGCUAAUGUCACUUCCUAUUGUCGAGCCAUUAUUUCAACUUCAGGUCCCACCUCUCAAGUGUGUCGCGUCCUGUUCAGACCGAGUCUGGAGGAAGCUCUAGCCAAGGACCUGGGCAGCAGAGACGAUGCGUCCUUUAUGAGCAGUGGAACAAUACAGGCCCCCAGCCUUGGGGUGGUGGUGUAUCAGCUGAGACAGUGUGCUAACCACUUUAUGUCUGUGUAUGAAACUCACAAACAGCACCUCCGUAAACUACAGAGUCUGGCCGACCUCAGUACUGAUGACCUCAAACAGUUUUCUGGAGUGGAGGAGAAAAUAUCCUCUCACCAGCGACAGAAACUUGCCAAGACUCGCCUGACAAAGAUGGUCCGCUACAAGGAGGAGCAGCUCCAGUACUUUGCCUACAUCCUGGAGAACUGUCUGUUCAUGCUGUGGCGACACCUGGAGUAUUACCUGAUUCACUGUGUCCCCGUCACCCAACAGUCCUCACUGUACCAGACUCAGGCCCGCCGACAGACACAGCUCAGGAGGCUUCAAGAUUUGACAGGAGCAUCUCGCUCCUCAUUGGUUGAUUCAGACAGCACCUCCCUCCCUGACUUUGACAGACAGCUGAUGAUGGGCGUGACCAGUGAUGAGAUUGACAUGUUGAAACAGACAGCAAACUCGGCUAUCCACGACUCGCUGCUCAAAAAGAUUCAGGAAAUUGACCAGGUUUAUUGCAAGUCCAGGACACACUACAGCUUUGUGGAGGCCCUCAUAAGGAGAGUGAGGCGGUUACUGAGGCUCCACACAGGGACUUGAUGUUAUGAUGAAUUACAGACACUUAAGGUCCCGAUGGGGACUAGUGCUAGUAGAUGUUGUGCAACUGAAGAGAAAUUAUAAGGAAUCACAAACAAACAACACUGGAGCAUUGUCAUUAUAUUUUUAAAUGUACAUCACAUGUCAGACAUGUAAACUGAUAUUUAAUUUUAUUUUGAAACAUUCUGUUGUUCCAAUUCGAUUGAAUUGUCAACGUUAAUCUCAGCAGUCGAAAAAUAAAUUGUAAAUAGAAAGUGUCUAAUCAUCAGAUGGAGAUAGAUUUCUGCAGAUAUUGUCAGUCGUGUAUGUGUUCAGAUCUCUGAGUGUUGUACAUUUAUGAUUGUUCAUGUCAAGGAUAUUGUGUAUUGAUUCAGUAAUAAAAGAGAAGGUGUAAGCUUGUAAGUA